AUGGUCGGCACAUCCACCCCCACCCUGGGCUACUUUGGCUCAGACGGAAUAUCAAGGCCGAUCCUCCGACACCGACCGAGCUCCCUCGUCCACGCCCAGCCGCAGUCGCGGUCCAGCAGUAUCCCCUCUGCCCGCUCAAUCCCUCGGCGGACGUCGAGCGCGAGCUUGACGAGUAUCGAUACUGCGCUUUCCACCAUCGCUGAGCCUGCUAGGCUUUCGCAGAGGAGGGAUAAUUGGCAGUCUUUACAGGAAGUCGCGGGGGAUGAAGAUGAUGAAGAUGAAGAGGAUGAAGAUGAAGGAGGAGGAGGGCCUGGACUGGGGAAGAGUCAUGUUUCGAUACGACGAUUGUCGGUCUUGCCUUCUGUCGGGGCGAAAAGCGUCCGGGGGCUCUUUGGCCAUCAAGCAUCACCUUCACCUCUAAGAGCGACCUUUGGGAAACGCGACCCAAGCCUCACUCGGUCUUGUUCCUCCAUCCUCGACGGUGACCUUACGCUUUCACCAAAAUCGACAACGCCGAGACAGUUGGAAGAUGGCCCGGAUGAUGGUGGGAUCUUUGAUAGCGGUCAGUUGUCGCCAAAGUCGACUGGCAAGUCGCCUUUUCGAGCACAGACGGUGGAGGAAGACUUGCCUUUUUCCGAGAAUGUACCUAAGCCUGCGCCUGAUCCGAAACCGUCCAAACGAUUGAAAAAUACUGGUCUAUGGCCGCCGUCGCCUGUGACGAUCUCGGUCUUCAAAUGCGCUGUGGCGUACUUUAUCGCGUCCCUUUUCACGUUCGUACCUGCACUCUCUCGAUUGCUUUCAAGAGAGUCGAUGACCGACAUCCAUGGUCGAGUCACUUGGAAGCCCGCCGACCAGGCUCAUAUGGUCGCUACCAUCGUCGUCUACUUCAACCCCGCCAAAACGCUCGGCAACAUGUUUCUCUCCACCCGCUACUGUAUCGUCCUCACAUUCAUCACCUCCAUCGCCUCACUCUUCUGUAUGGGCACCGUCCUUCUCUUUGACCACUUUUCCCCAUCGCACGGACAUUCGUGGGAUUUCGUGAGCGAGAUGGGGGAUUGGGUGAUGUGUGUUGUUUGGAUCGGGGGGACGUUGGGGUUGUUGGCUUGGGGGAAGUUGUAUGUGGGGAAUCCGAGUUGGAACGGUGGAUGCUCGAUGGCAGCGAUGUUGUUGUACAACGUAGUCAUCCGCGACGGUGCCCUCCCCAAACUAGCCGAGACGCUCGAAAUCAUCGCCAUCGGUGUCUGCAUCACAAACCUCGUCAACUAUACCGUCUUCCCCCUCUCCGCCACUUCCCGCCUCCAAUCUUCCAUCUCCAAAACCCUCUCCUCCUUCUCCACCCUCCUCGACAUCCUCACCUCCACCUUCCUGCUCGAGAAGACCAUCAUCAAAGAAGACCGCACCUCCAUCAAAGACGCCAUCAAAUCCCAUGCUGCUUCUUUCAAGACGCUGAAAAGCGAUUUGAGCGAGGCGAGGCAUGAGAGUGCUGUGGAUGAGCGGAUAAGGGGCAGGAAGUUGAGGUUGUAUGAAGCUGCAGUAGCCAGUUUGGGCAGGUUGGCACAACAUCUAGGCGGGCUGAGGAGCUGUACGCGCUUACAAGAGAGUCUGAUCAGGGCGAGUAAAGAGGGUAAAGUCAGCUGGGAUUUCGAUACGCAGACGAAUAUCGACUCGCCCAUAUUCUCCAUCUCUGCCCUCCCGCCGGUGGAUGGACCGAGGAAAGAGUCGGUGAGGGAGGAUGAUGUGGAGACGAGUGUGAGGCUGUUUUUGGAGUUUCGGAAGAGUGCGGGGGCGCAGAUGAUUUCUUUGAAUGACUGCUGUGACGAAGCGCUAGAGACGGUAGCAGCUCUCUCCCGAUCAGACCCUACGCAAGAUAACCUCUCCGCCGUACGCACCAAACUCGCCGACACCCUCCGGAGUUUUCGCUUCAUCACCAGCCGUGCUAUCAAAGAAGUGUACGCCGGCCCGGUGGAGGACGAUGAUGAGGAGAAGGAAACUGAGAAGGGGAGGGAACAAGGACAGAGGUCGGGGAGUGAUUUGAGCCAGCUUGCGGAUGGACCUAAUGAGACUGUCUUUUGGAUCUAUUUCUUUCUUUUCACUUAUGAAGAGUUUGCUCGCGAGAUCAUCUUUUUGCUUGAUACGAUGCAAGAGCUCGCCGUCUCGCACACGCCGUCGAUCUGGGAUCACAUCAAACAUGUUUUUGGCCGCAAGCGCGGGAGGAAAGAAGGACGGGGAGAGUAUAUCUACAAGCAGCUUCAUAACCUCGUCCCCAUAGAUCCGUCCAAACUCCAACCGCCUCUCUGCCCUGGUAACAGCCGCGACUCUACAAAUUCCUCCUCCAACGCGACUCCGAAACGUGCGCCCUUGUUGGAGAGGAUGAAGAGGGCAUGGUGGUACAUUGGUGAGAGGCUCGCUGAGCCGGAUAUGCGGUAUGCAAUCAGGACCGGUCUGGGUGGCGCUAUGUUGGCGCUGCCGGCGUAUACGCAUAUGGGCCGUGAAUACUUUCUAGAGUAUCGAGGGGAAUGGGCUUUGAUCGCGUACUUGGCGGCUAUGAGCCAGACGGUGGGACAGACAAACUAUUUGUCCCUCGCGAGGAUCUUCGGUACCAUUAUCGGCGGCACAUGCGCCGUCAUCUUCACCAAGCUCUUCCCCGAAAACCCCAUCAUGCUCCCCAUCUGCGGCUUCUUCAUCUCCAUGCCCUGCUUCUACAUCGUCACCCAACUCCCCGCUUACAACAAUGCCGGUCGGUUUAUCCUCCUCACAUACAAUCUUUCUUGUCUUUACGAAUACAACUCAAGAGGGGAGGUGAGUGUCGAGUUGAUUGCGUUUAGGAGGUCGAUGAGUGUUAUUGCGGGGGUGAUUUGGGCGGGGAUUGUUUCGAGGUAUUGGUGGCCGUUUACGGCGAGGCAAGACUUCUGUCUCGACCUCUCUCAUCUCUACUCCAAACUCGUCACCACAUACAGCAAAGGCGUCGAUACCGAAGGAGAAGAUUCAGGCGACCACUCAAGCGACGACAGUGAUGACGAGGGAGAUGUUGGCGAGACAACGCCGCUUUCUGCUCCUUGGUCUGUUGGACAUCAACAUCUGAGCUCUAGCGUCAGGCAAUUUAUGGCAAUGGAGCUUCAUCUUCAAUCCCAACUCGACUAUCUGCGCGGCCUACUCUCUCAGACGAAGAAUGAACCUCGCCUCAAAGGUCCUUUUGCGUACGGCUUCUACCACGAAGUGCUGCUGAGCUGCGAGAGAGUGUUGGAUCGGCUGCAUAGUAUGCGAUGUGUCACUACCAGAGACGAAUGGAACGACGAUAUGCGACAAGCCUUUAUCUUUCCCGUCAACAAAGAACGACGUGAAAUGGCCGGCAACGUCAUUCUUUACUUUUACACCCUCUCAGCCGGUCUUCGACUACGUACCCCCUUCCCUUCCUACCUCCCCCCAGCAGAGGACGCACGAAAACGGCUCGUCAACGCUAUCCGCGGCCUCGAAGUCGUCAAACGACGAAAGCUGAAGAGUGGGGGGCGACAUCUCUUGUUCUUUGCCUACGCUUUGGCUAUGCAGGAAGUGAUCGCAGAACUCGAUUUCUUGGGAAAGAUGCUGCAAGACGCAUAUGGCGUGAUAUCACAUCCGACAGUGGGCUCGUUUGAGGACUUGUUUGUGAGCCCCAAGGGGAAGGGGCAGAAUAGACGGAGACGAGGAUAUGAGAGGGGCAACAGUAGAUAUGGCAGUCUUCCUCACGACGCAUAG